AAGGGGAAGACACUCACACUUUGUUAUGUCAUUCAGCUUUAGUAUCCUGUGGUAUUUACUCUAUCUGAGGCGUUAUGUCACAUGACUUUACUUUAGGUAGCGCCACAGUCAAGACUUGCACCCUUCACACAUCUUGGGUCUCUUCGCUCUCCGUACUCGAAGCUGAUUGGCCGGCAGUCUGGUGACGUCCUAUCACACCACGUGUCUGCUUGUGCAUAGGCUGUCCCUGUACUUUCCCGAUCGGACCAUGGGGCUGUAGCCUGCCCGCUGUACCGGUAUCGUCUGUGUGUGUUUGUGUGAGAGCUGGUGCACGGCCGACAUAUUGAUAACUUGACGCUGUUCACCUGAGCCCUGUGUGAACUGCAGGACGUUAUGGAGAAAGUUGUGCUUGUGACCGGAGCGAACAGUGGCAUCGGCCUGGCUCUAUGUGAGAGGCUGCUUAAUGAGGACAGCCAGCUUCGCUUGUGUCUGGCCUGCAGGAACACGCAGCGGGCCUUGGCUGCACGUGCUGCCCUGCUGACCUCCCACCCCGAUGCCCAUGUGGACCUGCUACACCUGGAUGUCGGCUCAGUCCGAUCAGUGCUCACCGCCGCUCAGGAGGUCAAGGCCAAGUACACCAGGCUUGACUAUCUGUACCUAAAUGCAGGAAUCAUGCCCAACCCUCAUGUGGACAUCAAAGCCUUUUUCAGCGGUCUGUUUUCCAGGAAUGUCAUCAACAUGUUUGCAACAGCAGAGGGUCUCCUGACUCAAGAAGACCACCUCACCUCAGAUGGUCUGCAGGAAGUUUUUGCCACUAAUCUCUUCGGUCACUUCCUCCUAAUCAGGGAGCUGGAGCCGCUCCUGUGUCGGGCAGGUCACAUCUCCAGGGUGGUGUGGACGUCCUCGAGCAACGCCAGGCGCUCUGCCUUCAACAUAGACGACAUCCAGCACAGACGUGGGACUGAGCCCUACAGCUCCUCCAAGUUUGCCUCAGACCUGCUCAGCCUGGCUCUCAACAGACACAAGAACAGCCAGGGACUUUUCUCCUCUGUGAUAUGCCCAGGACUGGUGAUGACCAACCUGACUUAUGGUAUCCUCCCCUCCUUUCUCUGGACCAUCAUCAUGCCCAUCAUGUGGUUUAUCCGGAUCUUCACCAAUACUUUCACGCUAACACCCUACAAUGGAGCAGAGGCUUUGCACUGGCUGUUUCUCCAAAAGCCAGAGUCACUGGAUCCAAGAGCAAAGUAUCACAGUUUAACGUCUGGCCUGGGAACAAAUUACACACAGCCUCGACAGAUGGAUGUGGAAGAUGGACUAUCUGAAUGUCUUUACGUGAAACUUGUUGAGCUUGAAAAAGCGAUUCGAAGGAAACUGAGUGCAGAAAAUGCUGAUAUGGAAGCCCAUCGAAAGUACCUCAAUGACAUCGAGUAGAGGUGUGGCCUUUUUUAAUUUCAUUGUGGAGGAGAAAAGUUCAGAAACAGACUACAUGCAGUUGACAAUAUGCGCCUCAGUGCGCCUCAUACACCGAUAUCUUCCCAAGUGUUUUUCUUAAUUUCCUUAAGAAAGGAAAUUAAGAAGAAAGAUCCUAAGAAAAGUCAUGAUUCACGAAUUCUUAAACCACAUUCCUGUCUUCUUACACUGAUUAAUCUCACUGCCUUGGUAAAUUGAAAGUGGGCACCAGUUGAACAUAGGUGAAUGACCUGCCAGUCCCCAUAGUAGGGCAUGAGACUGCAGGGCCAUGUGUGCACACACAAUCACACACACACACAACCUGAUCAAGUUUAGAGAAGUCGAGAACACACAAAUUUAAGUCUAAAGGGGGUGGGACACUGGACUGCAGACAUAAAAAAAAAAAAAAACCUUCUGUAGCUCUGAAAUGGCUGCACUGCCAUGUCACAUACAUAUUUUUCAUUGUGCAAGAAACCUAUCACAAAACAAGUGAGGACAAGCACAGGGACACAUUAACAGAUAGCGCCAUCACACACACACACACCUGGGCCUGGACACGACAAGGGACAGCGUGACAGGACGGAUGCUCAUAUUUAGCAUCAGUAGUGUAUAUGAAGUAAUAGAAAAUCAGAUGCUUGGGCUGCUGUUACUGUGAACACUGCAUCUGGAAAAGGACGCACAACUGAUGAAGUUAAAAAAAAAAAAAAAAGUUUGAGCUCAAAUCUGUGUUAGUGUUGUGUUUAUUUUAACAGAUCAUACUGCUUUAUAAAACAAUGAAAAUAACUGUUAAAAAUAUUAUAAUUAUUAUAAAUAUUAUUUUCAUUAUUUUAAUUGAAUUGCAGAAACUUCUUGAAAACUGGAUAAGUGGGUUUAAAGAAUAAAUUUGUCCUUAAGAUCAGUUGGUGAAUGAGGCCCGAUGCUCUUAUUUAAUUCUGCCUCUGGUGAAUUCAUGACGUUAUCUAGGCUUGUGGAGAAGGUGCUGGCUGAACCUGAAUAAAAGUCAUGAUUUCUGAAGAUAUGUGGUUUUGAGUUUCAGUGGCUUAAAGGAUGUUGGCAACUUAAUAUAUUAAAAAAAUAAGUGACACAUUUUUUGGUCAUAUUUAAGGGACCUGGCUUGAGCCUUUCCUAGAUUCAGCAUUAUGAGCUGGCUAAUCUGUUUAUAUUAAAUAGUGAAACACAGGAAAGUGAUGAAUUUCCUCAGAGUUGUUUUAUACUUGUUGCUGUCUUGUUUACAAAGAGCUAUUUGUGACCUCGGAUUUAUUUAAUUAGAUGAUAAUUUUGCUGCUAUUACUCUUUUAUUUUAGAACUUCUUUGACUAUUUAAGAAGUCUCUCUUUAUAUAUUAAUUAAGUACAAAUAUGUAUUAAUAAGAAUGUCUUAAAAUUAUAUAUACACAUCUCCCAAACUGGACUCUGCAUCUUACAUGGAUUAUAGCUGAUAUUUUAUGUGUUUUCAAUCUGUUUUGUUUUUAUUGCUUUUAUUUCACUGGCCCUUGCAGUGUUGGAGAGCAGAAUCUGUACUUGUUUUUAUUUUUUGUUGUCAAUAAACUGUAAUUACUCAAGACUAUAACAGAGUGUCACAUCGGCUGAUAUGCUGCAUUUUUCCUUAACUGAAUCAAAACUGUCUCGUCACUCUUAAAAUCAGUCAUUUUAGAGGUCAUCAAAUAUAUAGAUUUAAAAAAAAAAAAAAAAAAACAUCUCUUCCAAGUGGCAUUUCUGUUUGAGGUUGCUUGAUUUUGGUCUUGUUCUGUGUGACCCUCCUGUGUUUCUGUAAGCCAGGCUUGGUUGUCCCCUGCACACUUGCCCUACAUUUCUCUUGUUAGCACUGCCACUGCAUUACCUGUUCAUUUGCCUUCUGCCAGCCAAUCAGCUGCCUUCCUGUUCCCCUGUCAGUCCACCUGUUUCUGAUUCCCCGAUUAAGUUGUUUGUACUGAAGUUCAGCUUUCAGUUCAGUCACCUUUGGUUUGGCUCCUGCUUGACUGCCUGUACAUCUGCCUAAUUAUUCCUCAGUAAAGCCUUAAUAUCUCA